ACAACUCCUUGUGAGCCUGUUUCCCGCGAACUGGGUCAGCCAGCUCUUGGAUGCUAGGUUAUAAAGAAGAGACGUCGAAAGGAUAGAGCAUUUUAAGAGGUUUCAAUUAAAGCAAAAGUUAAAUCUGCAAACAUGGCGAAGCAAAGCUCACUUUUCAAGUUUUUUACCAAGUCUCCGCCAUCUGUUACCAAGCCGAAGCCGAGCCCUUCUCCUGUCGAGGCAGACCUGCCUUCCUCCGUGGAGAGGUCCAACUCGUCUCCUAAAGAGGAAGCUAAGCAGACACAGCAGCAGGACUCCACCAAAACCAGAAAAGUCAAACAGAAAACAAGCUCCAGGACCGCGAGCAAUGGAUUUAAAAAUCUGUUUGGCGACAGUAAGGCCCCGGAUGCUAAAGACAGCAGCUCAACCUGUCCAUUCACUGCUGGUGCCCUUGUCUGGGCCAAACUAGAAGGACACCCUUGGUGGCCGUGCAUGGUUGUUCCCCAACCUCUGACAGGCCAGCAGAUGAGGGGCCGUGGUCAGGAUCAGCGCAUACAUGUUCAUUUCAUUGAUGAGCCUCCCACCAGAGGAUGGAUCAGAACCAAAUAUAUCAGAGAGUACCAAGGCUCUGACAGCAGUGAUGUUAAGCCUGGAGGGGUGUUUUUCAGUGGCAAGCCUGUAAUUCGCCGUGCAAUGGAGCUUGCUGAUAAAAUUAUUUUUGAGAGUCCUGAGAAAAGAUUAAAAAUGCCUCUCUGCAUGGAUCCAUCUGAUGAAGAAGGGGAUGAUGAAGAAAUGGAGCUCGACCAGUCAACACAGACCGAUGAAGAGGUCAGCGACGUAGAAGAAACGAAAAAGGAAGAAGAAAAGCCAAAAGUCAGUCGACGCUCAUCUCGUGCUUCAACAGAUAAAGGAAGCAAAGCCAAGCGGCGUCGCAUCAUUGUGGCCUCCGACAGCGACAAGUCGGAUGAGGAGUUCAAACCUGAACAUGCCGCAUCGUGCAGCGAGGAUGAAGAAGAAGAGGGGACCAUGAGUGGUGAAGAAGAGCAGAAAGCGAGCAGCCAGGAGUCUGAAGAAGACAGUCCCGUCAAACCUCUAAAAAGAAAACGUUCUGCAGGGAAGUCUGUCAGUGCCAAAGAAAAGAAGCCUGCAGUUGUGGUUUCCACUCCUAAAAGGCCCCCAGCAGCAGUGACGGCCAACACAAAGUCCCGUUUGUCGUCUUUCUCCGCUCCCGACAGCUUUGAGAGCCAGAUGAGUGAACCCGGGUCCACUGGAGGUGUCACAGUUUGGGAUCAUGAGAAGCUAGAGUGGUUGCAUGAUGGCAAAAGGAAAGACCGUAAAAGGCGGCGGCAGACAGACGAUGACUAUGAUUCUUCUACUCUGUAUGUGCCUGAAGACUUUCUUAACAAAAACACACCUGGAAUGCGUCGGUGGUGGCAGCUCAAAUCCGGCAUGUUUGAUACGGUGAUUUUCUACAAAGUGGGGAAGUUUUAUGAGCUUUACCACAUGGACGCCGUGAUUGGGGUCAACGAGCUGGGCCUGACCUUCAUGAAAGGAAACUGGGCACACUCUGGCUUUCCAGAGAUUGGCUUUGCACGUUUUUCUGACGUGUUGGUCCAGAAAGGCUACAAGGUGGCUCGCGUGGAGCAGACAGAAACCCCAGAGAUGAUGGAGGCACGCUGCAAAUCCAUUGCCAAACCCACAAAAUUUGACCGUGUGGUGAAGAGAGAAGUGUGCCGCAUUAUCACACGCGGGACCCAGACCUACAGUGUGUUGGACGGUGCUCCUUCAGAAAGUCAAAGCAAGUUCCUCCUGAGUUUGAAAGAAAAGGCUGAAGAGGAAUGUUCUGGCCGGUGCCGCGUCUACGGCGUCUGUUUUGUGGACACAUCUGUGGGAUACUUCCAUAUCGGUCAGUUCUCCGACGAUCGUCACUGCUCACGUCUGCGCACCCUGAUUGCACACUACUCCCCUGCUGAGGUGCUCUUUGAAAGGGGCAACCUCUCUGUUGAAACGCGCAAAAUACUCAAGGCAUCUCUGUCCUCGGCUUUGCAAGAAGGACUCAAUGCAGGAACCCAGUUCUGGGAUGCUCAGAAAACUCUGAAAACCCUCUCAGAAGAGAACUAUUUUGAAGAGAUCGCUGGACAAGAGCGGGCCACUGGGACCAAUUUUCUCCCCACUCUCCUAAAGCUCAUGACGUCUGAAAGUGAUUCUCUGUGCUUAACUCCUAAAGAGGGCUAUGAACUGGCGCUGUCGGCUUUUGGCGCUUGCAUAUUCUACCUUAAGAAGUGCUUGGUCGAUAAAGAGCUGCUUUCUAUGGCCAACUUUGAAGAAUAUGUCCCUGUUGAUGUAGAAAUGGAGAAAGCUUCUGGACCUGCCAGUUUUUUUGCUCAGACUCGUCAGCGUAUGGUUCUCGAUGGCGUGACUCUGGCAAACUUGGAGAUCUUUCAGAACGGGUCCGGAGGAACAGAGGGGACACUGUUGGAGCGUCUGGACACAUGCUCUACACCGUUCGGCAAGAGGCUCCUAAAGCAGUGGCUCUGUGCGCCCCUGUGUAACCCCACAUCCAUCAGGGACAGACUGGAUGCCGUGGAGGACCUGAUAGGAGCUCAAGCUCAAGCAACUGAAGUCUCAGACCUGCUGAAGAAGCUUCCAGAUCUUGAGCGUCUACUGAGUAAAAUCCACAGCAUCGGUACUCCUCUGAAGGGCCAGGACCACCCUGACAGCAGAGCAGUUCUCUAUGAGGAAGUCACUUACAGCAAACGCAAAAUUGCAGACUUCCUCUCAGCUUUGGAGGGUUUCAAAACCAUGCAGGAGAUUAUUUCCGUCCUAACCUCAGUUUUGGGAGAAUUUCGUUCUAAGUUGCUUCGUCAAGUUGUCAGCCUGAAGACCGAAAAAGACGGCCUCUUUCCUGACCUCUCCGCAGAACUCAAGCGCUGGGAGACCGCUUUCAACCACGAGAAGGCUCGCAGUACCGGUGUCAUAACCCCUAAAUCUGGAUUUGACCCCGAGUAUGACCAGGCCCUCACUGGAAUCAAAAGCUGCGAGCGAGAGCUGCAGGAGUACCUGGACAGACAGAAGAAGAGAAUUGGCUGUAAGACCAUGGUCUACUGGGGAACUGGGCGAAAUCGCUUUCAGAUGGAAGUUCCUGACAGCGUUUCUGAGAGGAACAUCCCAGAGGAAUAUGAUGUCAGAUCCACAAAGAAAGGCUAUAAGCGUUACGUGACAAAGGAGAGUGAGCGGCUGUUCUCAGAGCUGCAAGGGUUGGAAGAGAAGAGAGACGCUGCAGUGAAAGACUGCAUGAGGAGGCUCUUCUACAACUUUGACAAGAACUACAGAGACUGGAAGACGGGUGUGGAGUGCAUGGCAGUGCUCGAUGUGCUGCUAGCUUUGUCACGCUACAGUCAGGGCGGAGACGGUGCGAUGUCCAGGCCGCAGGUGCUGCUUCCAGAGGACGAGCAGGCCACGCCCUUCAUUAAUCUUACCGGAUCCCGUCACCCCUGCGUCACAAAGACCUUUUUUGGCGACGACUUCAUUCCCAAUGACAUCUUCAUAGGCUGUCCUGGGAUCAGUGAAAAUGAUGAGGUGGAAGGUUGUGCCUCGUGUGUUCUAGUCACAGGCCCAAACAUGGGUGGGAAGUCAACCCUCAUGCGACAGUGUGGACUUGUGAUUAUAUUGGCUCAGCUGGGCUGCUAUGUCCCAGCUGAGAGCCUUCGCUUCACACCGGUUGACCGGGUUUUCACUCGGCUGGGCGCCUCGGAUCGGAUCAUGGCAGGAGAGAGCACCUUCUUCGUGGAGUUGAGCGAGACUGCCAGCAUCUUGCACCACGCCACCAAGCACUCACUUGUGCUCCUUGAUGAAUUAGGAAGGGGCACGGCCACAUACGACGGCACCGCGAUAGCCAGCGCCGUUGUGAAGGAGCUCGCUGAGAAGAUCUGCUGCCGCACACUUUUCUCUACGCAUUACCACUCCCUGGUGGAGGACUACGCCAACAAUCCCGCUGUGCGCUUAGGCCACAUGGCCUGCAUGGUGGAGAAUGAGUGUGAGGACCCGAGUCAGGAGACGAUCACGUUCCUCUACAAGUUCAUCAGCGGCGCCUGUCCUAAGAGCUACGGAUUCAAUGCAGCUCGGCUCGCAAACCUGCCAGAGGAGGUCAUCCAAUCCGGACACAGGAAAGCUAGAGAGUUUGAGAAAAACACAAUCAGCCUCAGACUGUUCAAGAAGCUCUGUCAGUUUGCCGACGACCCUGCUCUGGACACCAAACACUUCACUCCACUUGUUCACCUGCUCAACACCAUGUAAUAUAAAAACAGCCCCCACUGUUAGUUUGUUCUGUUUGUGAAGCACCUGGACAAAACACUACUGAAAUGAUCUAAUAAAGUUUAUUUUAAAAAAAUGACAAUGUUUCAUCUAGGAAAUUAAACCCUUUUAAUUCACUCUAGCGCCUACAUAACGGUUAUUGAAUACUUCACAAUAUAUUAAGUCUAGAUGUUAUGAUACAUGCAUACAUUUCAGUCUGUAUGAGGACCCACAAUCACCAGUACACAUGGAUGGGGGAGGGGGGCGAUGAAACCAUAAAGCGCUGUAUACACACACUUGUCUCAGCUUCCGUUGAGUAAAAGCUGUUAAUUUCUCCAGCAACAUUAACAGAAAUAAAAUAAAGGAGUUAUGCUUUCACAAGA